AUGCAUUUCAGUGGGCCACGAUCAUCGUCCACAGUGCCAUCGUCACUUCAUAACGGAACGAUCGAGAAUAUGAGGGAUCAAAACGCGUACAAUCGUAAUCAUAAUGUGCGGAGUUGGAGUGCGGAGCAGUCACCACUUCGGGUUGUGACCAACUAUAAUCACGUGACAUCGAGCAGUCGUAAUGAUACCAAUGAUGCAGUAGUCUGUGCGAGUGCACCUCUUUCUUGGAGUGAUAACUUAUGGUUGAACAACAAUAAUAAUAACAGUGGAUCAAUGGGUGGUAUUGGUGAUAAUAAUAAUGAAUUCAGUGUUGAUCAACAUCAUUUGCCGUCGACACGAUCGAAGGCUGACGAAUGGCUUGAGAAGACGUUGCAAACGUCACUUUCGCUUGGCAAUUCACCUGCAAAACAAAUGCAUUCGUAUUCUGCAUCGCCGAUCAGUAAUGAUUCGUUGAAAAAUGUAAUUGAUUAUUGCAAGUUGAAAUUUCAGUCUUCAUUAACAAAUGCUCAAAAUAUCGACGUUUUUGGUCAGCCUGUUUUCAACCCACUUCCAGAACAGUCAUCAGCAAUGACAAAUGGAUCGCCAAUGAAUGCGAACAAUAGAUAUGUCAGUCCAGAGUUAUCGCAGAUGAAAGCACGAAAUGAAGAAAGCGCUAACGGCAACCGAAUUGAGGAGGAUCCAUUCGACGUGCAAUGGUCUCAGCUGUCCUCUGCAAAAGCGGAUUCCACCCAACAAUCGUUCACUAAUCACAACACGACGAAUCCGUUUUAUAGUCAUUCAAGUGCUCUUACCACAUAA